AUGGAUCCGAUGGAUCUGAUGGAUCCAAUGGAUACAUUGGAUUUAGUUAUAUUAAAAAAAAUGGAUCCGAUGGAUCUGAUGGAUUUUAGUUAUAUAAAAAAAAUGGAUCGAACGGAUCCAGUGGAUCGAAUGGAUCCAUUGGAUACAUUGGAUUUUAGUUAUAUAAAAAAAUGGAUCCAUUGUAUCCAAUGGAUCCAUUUUUUUUUAUACACCUUAUCCAAUGCGUCCAUUGUAUCCAAUGGAUCCAUCGGAUCCAUUUUUUUUUUAUACACCUUAUCCAAUGUGUCUAAUAUAAUCUACCUACUCUAAUAUAAUCUACCUACUCUAAUAUAAUCUACCUACUCUAAUAUAAUCUACCUACUCUAAUAUAAUCUACCUACUCUAAUAUAAUCUACCUACUCUAAUAUAAUCUACCUACUCUAAUAUAAUCUACCUACUCUAAUAUAAUCUACCUACUCUAAUAUAGAGUAAGGCUAUAGCCUUACUUUUUUACUGUUAUUUUGCCCACUUAUGAAAAAUGGCAAAAGUCGCUAAAAAUGGACGAAAAGUAAAGGCUAUAUUCUUACUUUUUUGCUGUUUUUUGCUCACUUACGAAAAA